AUGCAUGUAUGUCUUCUUGCAGCCGUGGAGGAGUCUCAUACUCCCAGGGGCUUCUAUCGUCCCUCUGAAUCCACUAACGACUCCUCGUCCUCCUCCUCCGGUAGCGAACACACCUCGACCGAACGCCCGCCUAAAGAUGCUCUUCGCGUCACCUCCACACCACACACCGGCCUGCCGCGGGUGGAGUCUUCGAUGAUUUGGUUUCAAGCCUCGCAUGCUUCUUCCGAUUCCAAUUCAUCCUCCUCCGACUCCACAUCGUCUGGCGACGGGGAGCCGUCUGAUCAUGCAAGUGAAUCUCCGGAGAUUCAGAUGAGGCCAGUUCGCGCACGAUAUUUGCGUUUUCAGCGUGGAAAUGUUAGAAGGUUGUCUACGCAUGAUGUGGAUGUGGCGGAUUCCGGUUCCCUCCAGGACUUCCUUAGCCCGGAUCCUGUCUUGCCAUCACAGUUUCAGUAA